UUAUAAUUAUAACGCUUAACAAGUUUCGGGGACGCAAUUUUUUUUUAAGCAAACCGAGUCCCCCUUCUUAAAUUUGGCAAAUCAAGCACUGUUUCUAUGUCCAAAAGCCAAGCGUAAAUUAGCUUUUAAAUGGAUACGUGAUUUUAUAGCUAAAACAAUAUACACCAGGAUGUUUCUAAUCAAAAAUAAUAAUUUAACACUGUAUGUUAGGGAACACUGGAUUUCUUAUCAGUAUAACCCCUACUCUUUAAUUUUGUUCAUUCACAUUUGUUGCUAUUGCAUUUGCAAUUUUUUAUUUAAAAAAAAUUCGAUUUAACAUUUACCACUUGCUAAUUUUAUUAGCCUAGCCGUACAUUGUUUUACUUGUCUUCUAGAUUUCAAAUUUUGAUAUAAUUAAUUCGCUUGCCUACACAUCAAGUGCCAUGUGGAGACAAUUUUUCGUCUGUUAAUAAAAAUUAUUAUUGAGUUUUAUUCGUAUUUAUAUGACAUCUUUACACAAUGUCCGAGGAAGAAGACAAAUAUACAAUAAACGACGUUGAUAAUGUUGACACUAAUCGAUCGAUCAAUGAAGGUGAUGGUGAUGGUCAAUCAGAUAGUUUGUUAGUCAACGGUAAUGAGAACACUCCUCCAUGUCAGUUGGAUAUCGGACUAGGUACUCACACGGAUAGUAUACGUGAUGACAACAACUCAAAUGUCAGCGAUUCUGGAGAAGCUACUGCUUGCAGUAUAAAGCGUGAAGAUAAUCUUUUAUCAUUUAGACACUUUUUAUGCAACAAUAGUCCCAAUCAAACAUCAAAACCUAAAGUUGAAGUAGUGCCUAGUGUAUCACAGCCUGUAAGGCCAGUCACUGAAACAUCUACUUUACCAGAUUUUGUCCAAGAUCAUCUGACCACAGAUCAACCUUAUGAUAAUAAUGAUCUUGAUUCUCGGACAAAUAGUAUUGAUUUAACGCGUGGAAUAAAUCGACCAUCCAUGUUUGGCCAACGUAGUAACCGUACACCUCAACAAUGUGUGGUUAUGCCAUUAGAUCUUCCAUUCACCAAUUCAACAACACAACCUCGUGCAACUACUCCAACAACUACCAACAGUUUACCAGACUUUUUGUCUGAUGGCCCAAUUGGUGUACCGGUUGUUCACCCAGUCACCAGGAAUGAACAACUUACAGAUCGAAACCGUAUCAGCAUUACUAUCAAUCCACAACGUGGUGCUAGACCUACAAAUCAGAAUUUUACUAGGUUUCAAAGGCACAGUCAAGUAGUUGAAGCUCGAGUGGCUCGAUUAGAAGCAACAGAGCAAGAUUUAAGAACAACUGUAUUGAAUUUAAAUAAUAUGUUGCAACAAGCACUAAUAAGAGCUCAAAGAGCUGAGGACGAAGUGAGAACUUUGAGAACUUUGUUGAGGGCUAGAGAACAAUCCUUUAAUCCUGAUAAUUUAUCCAUGAUUCCAUCAACAAUUUCAACCGCUGAACAAAUACGUCAUGGUACACGAAAUGCAGAGCUUCUGCUUAAUUUGAUGAGGGAUAAUUUUCAAGACUUGAAUAACGUAGCAGCUCGUCUUGAGCAACAGGAAACUAUUCAGACUUCUAAUCACCAAUUAUCAAUUGAUCCAAGUGAUACAACUACAACUGAUGAUAAUAUUACAUAACAUUCCUGUUAUUCAAUUAUAUUAGUUCUACACGUAUGAUAAGGAUUCAUUAUGUUUUAUAAGUAUUUGUUUACAUUUUGUGCAGAUUUAUUGCCAAGACUGGACCUCAAUUGUUUUGUUUUCUAUGUAAUAAUUAUUAUUAGUAUUAUAUAUAUUGCCAUCCAAUGCUUAAGAUUGUAUUUUCAAAGUAGAACUCAAGUAUAAAGCAAUAGUUUUUUUUGUAAAUUGUAUAUUAGAACAGAUUAUUUUUAAUGUAAAAUCUAAAAUGUAAUAUCAACAUCUUUUUCUAUAAAAUAAUAUUGCAUCAGACUGUACGUUUCAACGAAACUAUAGACUAUUAAGGGACACAAGUAUAUUGAUUCAAAAAUAAAAUCUACUAACCAUAU